AUGGCAACCAUGCCCCGAAAUCGCUUCAAAGACAUCAUGCGACACCUACGCUUUGAUGACAGGGACACCCGCAGUGAGCGCACAAAGACUGACAAGUUUGCUGCAAUUUCUGCUGUGUGGUCGUCAUUUGUCACCAACUGCAUCACAUCCUACAACCCUGGUCGACACAUCACCAUUGACCAACAGCUUUUCCCCCCAAAGACUCACUGCUGUUUCCUGCAGUACAUUGCAACGAAACCUGACAAGUUUGGGAUCAAGUUUUGGGUGGCUUGUGACUUGAAAUCCAAGUACAUCUGCAAUGUCCUCCCAUAUCUUGGCAAGGACCCCAGUCGUCCCAGUGGGGAGAGACUGUCCGAGAAUGUAGUCAUGAGGCUGAUGGAACCAUUCCUGGACAAGGGCAGAAAUGUUACCACGGACAAUUUCUUUACAUCACUGUCACUUGCGCAACAACUGCUUAGGCGGAAAACCACCAUCCUAGGCACAGUCAACAAGAUUCGCCAGGAAAUUCCACAGUCAUCUAGACAGAGGGACUGCAAUGAACUUUACAAUGCUACAAAGUGCAGCGUGGAUGUGAUGGACCAGAUGGUGCGGGAGUACACUGUCCGCACAGGAACAUGGCGCUGGCCAGUCGCUGUGUUCUAUAACAUGAUUGAUAUGGCAGCAUUGGAUGCACAUGUGCUGUAUCAAGCAUGCACCAGGAGGAAGGAGAGACGGGUGGACUUCCUGGUGGAGCUUGCAAGAGAGUUGGCUAACUCUCAUGUGACUGCGAAGAAGGCAUUAAAGGAAGAAUUGCUUCGGCAACAACCUUCCACACCUAGCCCUGGGAAAAGAGCCAUGUGCCAGGUUAAAAAUCAGUGUAAGAACAAUCAUGCCACUGUGCGAUGUGUUGACUGCUACAGAUACACAUGUGGGAAAUGCAGAAGGGAGAUACCAUGGCAGUGCCAGGAUUGUGAGUGA